GUUGCAAAGUUUCCAAUAUUAAGAAUUCCCACAUUUUUCCACUCAAAAAUUAUAGUUUAAAAACCACUACUUUCUCCAUUCCUCUUCCCGAAACUCUUGGUAAAUAAGUUCCCAUUUCACCAUGGAAAACUCCAAGCCAUUAGCCACAGAGAGUUUUUCAUACAGUUGGUUAGUAGACAGAAAACAACACUCUCUCGAUGUCCUAACUGAGAUCACCAUACCCCAAAAACCAUGUGAAAAAGAUCAAAACUUCAACUUUGAUGUUUCUUUCACAGCAUUCCAAGCUUCACUUGUUCAUGCUGAUGAAAUAUUUGCAGAUGGGAAGCUCAUGCCGGGCUAUGCCUUGGAAAAAACUCCGGAUCAUGUCCCUCCGUCGCCUCUUUCCUCGUGUAAGUUUGAUCAUGGAGUCAAGAAGCAGUCUUGCUUGGUUGAGAAAUGGAGGAGAUCAUCAAAGAGGAUCUUGCACAAGUGUUUUGGAUUCAUUAGGCCAUUGUACAAAAGCUCGAGGAACAACAGUAGAGUCGAUGAUCUCGAGAGAAAGGUUUGUGAGGUUGAGAGGUGGACUAACUCUCUGCAGGCAUCUCCAAGGCCUAGCUAUGCCCCUGCUCUCAUGAAGGCAAGGAGUUGGGCCGCUUCCCCACAAGCUUCGCCUAGAUUGAUCCCGUCUCGUGCUAGUAGUGCUUGGAGCGGUGAUGAAAGCUCCAUCCACGAAGCAAUUCUCUACUGUAAAAGAUCAAUAGGUAGUUGAGCUAUUAAGUCCAACUGAUUUUUAGUUUUCUUGGUUUUUUUUUUGUUUUUUUUUAAUGUAGAAGUUCUUAUAGUCUUGAACUAGGACUAAUGAUUUGUAUAUUUUAAAAAAUAUCAGAAAAGUAGAGGGAAUUGUCAUCUGCACAGAUAAGAAAUUAGGAAUCAAACUCAAGAAAUGCAGCCCUUUUCCUUUA